AUGCAUGCGGAGAAUCCUCUACAGAGUACCGCCGAAGUCAACUCGGUCGGACAACAGUCAGAAUCACAAAAUAAUGCCCUUCCUGGGCAAAUUCUCACAGGAAAACAAGAACAUUACCUUAAGCGCGAGCUCAUCGCCCGCCAAGUGCAAAGCGAAAUCGCCGAGUUAAACUCUCCCACAGCCCUCCAACGUUUCGGUGCCCCAUUCAGGUCAGAGUACGGAGAAGUCGCCCCAGUUGACUCAGAACUCCCUAUCCUACGAUAUAUCUUCGUUCAUCAUGUGCGCAAUUUUCCUUUUCUCGACCAGGCCCGCGAGAAGGAGUUUUGGCAGGAUAAAUUACAAGUGUUCCUAGAAUCCUUCGCGAAGAAGCAUGUUUCGUCGUCCGAAGAUCGCUUGGAGGAGACAAAGCGCAGAAAAUUAGCAAGGAAGUGCGAGAAGCUCGUGGAGCUCAUGAUGGUAUCUGGUAUCCCAACGGCAUCGGGAUAUGAAGAACGAAUCCAGUUUUCGGAAAUCGAGGUUGUAGAUCGCGGUGCCAAUGACCAGGGCCUCUUGGUCAAUAUGCCGGAAGGGAAUGCCAUACACGGCUGGGAUGUCAAUGUGGCUGCCGAAUUCAUUCUUCGUGUUCGUCGGGAAGGAAAGUCGGACGUCUUUGUGGCCCGACGGUACGGUGGCUUCGCGAAACUUCACAAGAGACUGCGCACCGAAUUUCCCGGGAAACCACUACCGGUUCUGCCGCGCAAGAACAAGUCCUCAACGUCGUCGAGCUUCUUCUCCUCAGCCGACGAUGACGCCUCCUCGGUCUCCUCUUUAUCGAGCCAGAGUGGAAGUACGCCGGACGAGGGACAAACCUCUCGAAACAGCUUAGCUCCCGGAAACCAUCUGCAUCGCUCUGCAUCGCGGUCGUCCAUGCGCUCAUCUUUGGGAAUAUCUCCCAAGUCACCAAGAAUCUCAGCAGAGACCUCUCGAGAGACCGUGCUCUAUAGAGAAGAACAGCGGGUUUCACUUCGAGCGUUCCUUCGCACUCUACUGCAGAAUAAGCGGGCGGCAGAGUCGAAGGCUUUAGAGGAGUUUCUAACUGCAGAUCCUGUUACUCUGAAUGAAGAGGAACUAAUUGACAUGCAACGAAGGAAGGAGGCAGACGCUAUCAGGAUAGAAGAACAAAAGAGGUUCUAUGAGAUUGCUAGACAGCGCGCAGCCGAGCUAGAUGUGUACAUGGAAAAUUUCCGUCGAGAUAUUGUCGAGAGCAAUGGCCUGACAAAGUUGUUUGCGGAAAUUCGGGAGAAGCCGACGGUAGAGGAUCUCAGUCCUCAAUAUCAGAAGUUUGCAGAAUGGCUUCGGAUCGAGGUGGCCGCAACGCUAUACCAUUUGUUCUUGGCUGAGGACAACUCCCCUGAACUAUUCGCACAGUUUAAGAGGAUACACUCUCUUGUCCCAUACACCCUGAUGAAGAAUGUUAUCCGAAUUGCGAAUCCUGCAGCCGUUAUGUCUGGGGUUUUAGAUCUUUUCCUUGCUCAGCCAUUUGGUUCCCGGUCUCUUCUGCAGCGGAUCUUUUCCAUGACUUUGAACGAUGGCAUAAAACAAUUCCAAAAGGCCAUUGACUCCCUUGUUUCCAAGGUUGAUGAUGCAUCUCUCUGUCAAAAAUUGAAAGCGUUUACGGAUUCAGAUGAAGCAACCAAGAAUGAAAUCCGUGCCGAAGCUGAGGAUGAAGAUAUAGAUAUUCUCGUGGCAAUUCUUCGGUCUGACCGCUUCUCUCCCGAACUCACUCCGGAGCAAUAUGGUAAUGUGUUUAAUGCAUAUGUGGCCUGGAACCAAGCAGUGGAGAGUGUCGAUGCAGAAAUGCGUGAAGGUGCACAAUGGUUUGCAAACAUGAAGCAGCUACUUAAACUCUACACGCGCCAGCGUGACAAGGCCAUGAUGCUCAGCAUUGUCGAGGAACCCGUUACUCUCCAACUCUUCCGUGACCUAUUUACAAUAUUCUACGAGCCUCUAGUGCGCGUUUACAAGUCGGCAAACGUCUACAAUAGUAUCACUGAUUUCGCUCAAUUUGCCGACGAUGCCAUUCAGGUGGUCGAGAAAUGUCAACGACAAGACGUAUCUGCCGAUCCAAACCAAACCGUCCAAUCCUUCAUCGACCUUUGCGAACGUCAUCAAGCGAGCUUCUAUAAGUUCGUCCACGAAGUGCACCUUCAUGACAAUGGGCUCUUCGGCUCUCUGAUGGGAUGGAUUGAAGAUAUUCUUGAUUUCCUACGCCACGGGCCUGUUGGUGGCAAGCUUGACAUGAACGCUUUGCUUCACGGGGCUAAGGAUGUUGGGCAAAUCGAUAAAGAUAAGGCUCUUGAUGAGAUAAACGCGCUCAUAAAAUGGCACGAAGACCGCAAGCGUUGGCACCUGAAUAAGACCAGGCAGAAGAUGGCGGCGGAAGGAACCGGGAAUGACCCAUUUCCGACAUUCAAGGGAAGCGAUUUUGGUUUAGACGAGGGCGACCUCGAAGACCUUGCCAUCUCGGACGCGGAGUCUGAUCCUACCGACGAGCUUGACGAGGAAGAUGACCUUGACCCCAUCUCUGCUGAACGACGACGCCGGGUGAAGCAACAGGAUCAACUCCGUCGCACGGCUGGCGAACCUGUUAAGCCUGAAGUCAAAGAGAUUCUCAAGCUAGCAGAACCGUUUGGAGUAAUGUUACGGAUGGUCCUUGCAGAAUAG